CCUUGCUAAUCCUCCUCCACCUGCCUCAGUCCGGAGCUGCGGGGGUGAAAAAUGGCGAGCUGGAAAGGAAACAGGUGGAAGUUUCUCAUUCUUCAGCAGGAGCUCUGAAGAACCUGUACAGAUCAAGAUUAAGUUCGUUACCUUUUAAACAGUCAGUGUAAAAGGCGCCUGACGCGAAGUUUGUUUGUUUGUUUGUUGUUUUUCCUGCCUGGGGGACAGCUAACCGAACUGGCUAGCAGAAGGAGCUAAAUCUGUACCCUGUCUGUCUAUCUCUAUCUCUCUCUCUCUCGCUCUCUCUCUCUCUCUCUCUCUCUCUCUCUCGCUCUCUCUCUCUCUCUCUCUCUCUCUUUAUGCCCUUUUCACUUUUCGUGUUCGUAAAGGAAGGAGGAACUCCGGGAGAACCUCGCGGGGUCUGAGUCUUUAAAGUAAAUAACCGCCAACAUUAAGAACAUUAACGGUAGCGGCGGUGAAGUUGAAGGCGGUGCAGCUCCAUUGGUUAAUCCUGCUGUUUAAUAGGAGUUGACAGUUGACUAUGGCAGGAAACGUGUUCAGCUGAUCGGUUCGUGUGGAAGAAACAGGCGAUUAUAAUAACCUCCAGAACCAUGGAUGACCCCAGUGUGAAUGACUCUAAUGUGAAGGUGGCUGUUCGGGUCAGACCCAUGAACAGGAGAGAGAAGGACCUGAAGACAAAAUGUGUGGUGGAGAUGGAAGGGAACCAGACGGUGCUGCUUCCUGCAAGCAGCAACCUCGGAAAGGGGGACAGUAGGAGUCAACCAAAGGUGUUUGCGUAUGAUUACUGCUUCUGGUCUAUGGAUGAGGCGAACGCAGCCAAAUUUGCAGGUCAGGAGGUCGUGUUCCAGUGCCUUGGGGAGAGUCUUCUGGAUAAUGCAUUCCAGGGCUAUAAUGCCUGCAUAUUCGCUUAUGGACAAACUGGCUCGGGGAAGUCAUACACUAUGAUGGGCUCGGCGGAGCAGCCUGGUCUGAUCCCACGGCUCUGCAGCUCUCUGUUCGAGCGAAGUGCCCGAGAGUUGAGGGAGGGAGAGAGCUUCACUGUGGAAGUGUCCUACAUGGAGAUCUAUAAUGAGAAGGUCCGAGACCUGUUGGACCCUAAAGGGAGUUCUCAGGCAUUGCGAGUGAGAGAACAUAAGGUGUUGGGUCCGUAUGUUGAUGGCCUGUCCCGUCUGGCUGUGACCAGCUAUAAGGACAUCGAGUCAUUGAUGUCUGAGGGUAAUAAAUCCCGCACUGUGGCGGCCACCAACAUGAACGAGGAAAGCAGCCGCUCACACGCUGUCUUCAAACUCAUCCUCACACACACACUGCGAGACCUGCAGUCUGGGACAAGUGGGGAGAAGGUCAGUAAGCUGAGUUUGGUGGACCUGGCAGGCAGUGAGAGAGCAGCUAAAACUGGAGCUGCCGGAGACAGGCUGAAAGAGGGCAGCAACAUCAAUAAGUCUCUCACUACUCUAGGUCUGGUGAUUUCAGCACUGGCAGAUCAGGGAGCUGGAAAGAACCGGAGUAAAUUUGUGCCUUAUAGAGACUCUGUACUCACAUGGCUACUGAAGGACAGUCUGGGUGGUAACAGUCGCACAGCCAUGGUGGCCACGGUCAGUCCUGCCGCUGAUAACUAUGACGAGACUCUGUCCACUCUGCGCUACGCUGAUCGAGCCAAGAGUAUUGUAAAUCAUGCAGUGGUGAAUGAGGACCCGAACGCCAGGAUCAUCCGUGAGCUGAGGGAGGAGGUGGAGAAACUCCGAGAGCAGCUCACUGAGGCUGAGUCCAUGAAGGCUCCAGAGCUGAAGGAGAGGCUGGAAGAGUCUGAAAAACUGAUCAAGGAAAUGACGGUCUCAUGGGAGGAAAAACUCAGGAAGACAGAGGAGAUUGCACAGGAGAGACAGAAGCAGCUGGAGAGUUUGGGCAUUUCUCUCCAGUCAUCUGGUAUCAGGAUGGUGGAGGAUAAGUGCUUCCUGGUGAACCUCAACGCAGAUCCAGCACUCAAUGAGCUACUGGUCUAUUACUUAAAGGAUCACACUUUGGUGGGCUCAGCGGACUCUCAGGACAUCCAACUAUGUGGAAUGGCUAUUAAUCCACAACACUGCAUCAUUGACAUCACUUCAGAGUCAGGAGUGGUGCUCACUCCAAAGAGAAAUGCUCGUACCUGUGUGAACGGCUCUCUUAUCUCAGCUCCAGUCCAGCUUCACCAUGGCGACCGCAUCCUGUGGGGCAACAACCACUUCUUCAGAAUAAACCUGCCGAAAACUCGGUCUCGUGCUGGAGCUGAGGUAGAGGAGGGUGGGGGGAUGAAGGCUGCUCUGAGUGUGGAGCAGCUGGAUGUGGAUCUGGACAGAGUGAGUCAGGGCUCCAGUGAGGUCAGCUUCAACUACGAGUACGCCCAGACUGAGGUCAUGAUGAAGGCCUUGGGCAGCGACGACCCGCUGCAGUGUGUGCUGCAGUCCCUGGAGCGGAGGCACGAGGAGGAGAAGCGUUCUGCUCUGGAGCGUCAGCGGCUUCAGUACGAGGAGGAGUUAGAGCGCCUGCGCCGGAGCUUGGGCACGGAAAGAAUGAUGCAGAGAGGCAGUGGGGUCAUCCCUCUGAACUCCUCCCACACCUCAGAGAGCCACCUCCGCCAGGCUAGUGAUGACAGAGAGGCGGUGUUGGCCCGCAGUCUGAGAAAGCUCAGAGAACAGAUUGUCAGAGCGAACCUGCUGGUGCAGGAGGCCAGCUUCAUCGCUGAGGAGCUCAACAAGAAAACAGAAUACAUUGUCACCCUGCAGAUCCCCGCAGCAAACCUCAACGCCAACCGCAAGAGAGAUGCUGUGCUGAGUGAGCCUGCCAUUCAGGUGAGACGGAAAGGGAAAGGGAAGCAGAUCUGGGCGAUGGAAAAGAUGGAGAACAGACUCGUGGACAUGAGGGAGCUCUAUCAGGAGUGGAAGGACUAUGAUGAGGACAAUCCUGUGAUGCGUUCCUACUUUAAGAGGGCUGAUCCAUUCUUUGAUGAGCAGGAGAACCACAGUCUGAUUGGUGUAGCUAACGUCUUCCUGGCCUGUCUGUUCUUUGACGUUAAGCUCCAGUAUGCAGUACCCAUCAUCAACCAGAAGGGGGAGGUGGCGGGGCGUCUACAUGUGGAGGUAGAGAGGGUGAGUGGGACGCUGGAGGCAGAAGCAGGAGGAGAGGAGACUGACCGCAGCCCCGAGGGAGAAACACAUGAACGCAAACUAACCUGCAGGAUAAAGGUGUCUCAGGCCACCGGGCUGCCUCAGCAUCUGUCCAACUUCGUGUUCUGUCAGUAUCAUUUCUGGGGUCAAGCAGAGCCGGUGUUUAUUGCCCCAGAGGUGGACCUGUCCGUCCCAUCCACUCCAAGCAGCAAAGACCCCCAGUGCCUGGUGGUGUUCGACAGCUGUAAAGAUCUGGAGGUGAUGGUAACUGAAGAUCUGAUAGAGUUCCUGGCUGAGGGAGCCGUGGCUAUAGAGGUUUAUGGGCACAAACUGGCCAACCCCCGCCGAAACCUGGCUCUGUGGGACUUGGGGGUGAUCCAGGCCAAAACCCGCUCCCUCAGAGAGAGGUGGAGUGAGGUGAUGAGGAAGCUGGAGCUGUGGGUGCAGAUACUGGAGCUGAAUGAGGGUGGAGAGUUUGUUCCUGUGGAAGUCGUUCCUGCUAAAGACGUUCGCACAGGAGGAGUCUUCCAGCUCAAACAGGGUCAGUCUCGGCGUAUCCAGGUGGAGGUGCGCUCGAUGCACGACUCAGGUACCAUGCCCCUCAUGGUGGACUGUGUUCACAAUGUGUCUGUGGGCAAUGUGGAGGUCCGCCCGGUUCCCAGGGUGGGAGAUGAAGAAAUGGACAGCUAUCAGGAGAAGGAUUUGGAGCGACUGAGAAGUCAGUGGCUGGCAGCUCUCACUAAAAGACAGGAGUAUCUGGACCAGCAUCUACAGAAACUCGUCUCCAAACCAGAUAAGUCUGAGGAUGAUGUAGAGAGGGAGUCUCAGUUGUUAGAGUGUCGUUUGACUCUGACUGAGGAGAGGAACGCAGUGCUGGUGCCCUCUGCUGGCAGCGGCAUUCCUGGAUCUCCUGCACAGUGGGUCCCUGUGCCUGGAAUGGAGACACACAUUCCUGUCCUCUUCCUGGGUCUUAGUGCUGAUGAUUUUUAUGAUGGUGUGUCCGUUCCGCUGGCUGGAGGUUUGGACGCAAUUCUGAGUGGAGAGGAUGAUGACGACUUCUUUGAGCUACAGAUUGUAAAGCAGCACGAUACAGCAGUGAAGGCGGAGGCUUCAUGGGACUGUACGGUGCAUGAGUGUGCUGAGCUGAGUCGUGGUGGGGGUCCGGAGCAGCGUGUGUAUCUCACAGUGCGUGUGGUCGUCCUCCUCAGCCACCCAGCUCAGAUGCAGCUAGUCCUGCGCAAACGCAUCUGCGUCAACCUCACCGCACGACAGGGAUUUGCUAAAAGCUUGCUGAAACGGAUGUCUCAGCGGAGCACCAUCCCUGGCUGUGGGGUCACCUUCGAAGUCGUCUCCAACAUACCAGGGGACAUGCAGGGUCCGGAGGACACUGAGAUGCUGGCCAGGCUGGCGGCCAGCACAGAAAAACCAGCGGAGGACAGUGAGGCAGCCAUAGAGAAGUACCUGCACAGUGUUCUGGCUGUGGAAAAUAUCCUCACUCUGGACCGACUCAGACAGGAGGUGACUGUGAAGGAACAGCUUGCUAGCAAAGGGAAAAAUCGCAGGCGCUGUCUGAGUUCCCCUAAUGUACACAGGCUGUCUGGAAGCAAGCAAGAUCUUUCCUUCAACCAUGAGCCUGGUGUCAAUAAAGGUGUUUGGGAGAAAUACCAGGAUAUUUCUGCAGCACAUCCAUCUAUAAAAAGCACAACAUCUCAUUCUGAACUGUCCCAAAGCCAGAACCCAGAGCCAGGACUUUCAGGACUGGCUGCUUCUUAUUUCUCCCCAGUUAAAGCUCUGGUGACACCAAUGCCCAAAAUGCUAAAGUCCCUGUUCCCUAAAAAAGAAGAGAAGAAAGACCUGAGUGCCCCUCCUCUCUUACAGCAGCAGGUGAUGUUCUCUGAGGUGGAUAAGGAGGAGCCUGAGAGGGGCAGAGUAGUAGUGUUUGACCUGUUUGGGGGAGGUUCAAAUGUUCCCCGUAUUAUAGUCCAGUCUGCGAGUCUAGAGGAAAACCUCAGGACUCCUAAACUGGCUCCUGAGGAAAAUUCACAACGGUUCGCAGCCGAGAACAUGGAAACUGCAGUAUUUUCUGCUUCAUCAUCUUCUUCACACAAGGAGCAAAACUCAGCAACAGUGCAGGUGACUGAGGGGUCAGAUGUCUGCACAGAAAAGACACCUGAUGUCCAGACCCCAGUCACAGAAAGUCAAACAGAUGACCUGCCCGAGUUUGUGGAGGUUUCCACUCACGUUCAGUCUGAGACUGAAAACUCCACUCACAGCCCUGUUAGCACUGCAUCUAGCGGCUACAUCUCCACCAGCAUCUCCACAGCAACUCUCUCAGAAACACUGGUCUCAAAUACAGAUCUACCAUGUGAGUUCAGCUUGGAGUCACCAGAACCACAGGAAACUCCUGAAACUGCGGAUGAAAUGGAACCAGAGAAAGGCAGUGAUGCCACUGUAAAGAUCAACAUCACUCCACAGCAUGGGGCAGAACAUGCCAGCCUUAAAGAGGAACAAUCUGAAAUAGCCAAGAUGUCUGACCAGGCAAUCCCAAAGUUUGUUACUCAAGAAAGCUCUACUAUUUCCAUCCUCACUUCUGCAGAAAAAACAACUACUUCACCAUCAGAAAUAACAUCUUCAUCUCUAUCUGAUCAGCCUUAUGAGCCUUCAGCUCACACCAAGGAUUCCAUUGCUUCCGAAGAGCCUCAACAAAAACCUGUGUCACCACCAUCUAGCCAACCUGCUUCUCAGGCACUCCUAGCUGACUUGCCCCCCAUAUCACCACCAUCCAGCCAGCCUGCUUCUCAGGCACUCCUAGCUGACUUGCCCCCCAUAUCACCACCAUCCAGCCAGCCUGCUUCUCAGGCACUCCUAGCUGACUUGCCCCCUGUAGCAGCACCAUCUAACCAACCAGCUUCUCAGGUACUCCUGGCUGACCUGCCCCCCGUAGCGCAACCAUCUAACCAAGCUGCUUCUCAGGUACUCCUGGCUGACUCACCAGCCUCAGCUCCUGAUGCAGAUGCCCAAACCAGGGCCACAGAAUCCUUGGCCCAAAUAAAGACUCCAAGCCCCAGUCCUGAAGUAAACCCAUCACCAGCACCAUCAGUAAAGCAAGAGCAGCCAGUUCAGCCACUGGCGCAGAGUCUUCAGACCCAGACCUCCGCAUCAAACCCAUUCAAAAUCCAGAAGGUAAAGGCUUCAGGCCUGAAGUCCUUUAAAGGGAUCAUUCAUGAGGUGGAGGAAGAAGAGGUCAAAGAAACCAUCGAUCCACUGUCAGGUUUGAGUGACCCUUUGGAAAAGCUGGAGAUCCUGUCCGAUACGGAGGAAGUCCAUGAGGAAGGUCCCAUCCCCGACUGGCUGAAGGAGGAUGAAUAUGUGACAGUAGGCAACAACAAAAACGGCACAGUGCGCUACAUUGGGCCGACUGACUUUGCAGACGGCAUCUGGGUCGGUGUGGAACUCGAUGUCCCAGCAGGUAAAAACGAUGGCUCAGUGGGCGGCCGCCAUUAUUUCCACUGUAACCCCGGCUAUGGUGUUCUAGUGAGGCCGGACAGAGUCUCUCGUGCUUCAGGCACGGCUAAACGACGACGACAGAAACGCAAGCAGAACCUCUCUGGCUCCAGCCCCAACCUGGCAGCCCUGACUGCGCUGGCCAAAGGUGAGGGUCCUGGAGGGGCACGCAAAGGAGAAAACAGGAAGUCCUGGAACAGCUGAACAAAAAGCUGAACAGAACUGCUUUUUCCAUCAGUCCUCACUACUGUUUCUGUUUUAAUGGCUACAUGCUGCUUCCCAUGAGUUUGGCAGGUCACUACACUGAAUGGGUGUAAUACGCUGUUAAACGCAACAAGCUACUAGCGCGGUAUUACAUAUCAAACCGUGGUGCCUUGUGUGCCGGCUCUGUCCUGAUGAUGAAUGUUUUUUGUCAAAUAUUGCUGCACUGC